AUGUGUGGCCCCGGUCCCAAAGAUUACCCCGGCCCCAUGGAUUGCCCCGGUCCCAUGGAUUACACCAGUCCCAUAGAUUACCCCUAUCCGAUAGAUUACCCCGCUCCCAAAGAUUACCCCGGUGCCAUAGAUAACCCCGGUCCCAUGGAUUGCCCCGGUCCCAUGGAUUACACCAGUCCCAUAGGUUACCCCGGUCCCAUGGAUUACCCCGGUCCAAUGGAUUACACCAGUCCCAUAGGUUACCCCGGUCCCAUGGAUUACCGUGGUCCCAUGGAUUACCCCGGUCCCAUGGAUUACACCAGUCCCAUAGGUUACCCCGGUCCCAUGGAUUACUUCGGUCCCAUAGAUUACCCCGGUCCCAUGGAUUGCCCCGGUCCCAUAGAUUACCCCGGUCCCAUGGAUUACCCCGGUCCCAUGGAUUACACCAGUACCGUAGAUUACCCUGGUCCCAUGGAUUACCCCGGUCCCAUGGAUUACCCUGGUCCCAUGGAUUACACCAGUCCCAUAGGUUACCCCGGUCCCAUGGAUUACCCCGGUCCCAUGGAUUACCCCGGUCCCAUGGAUUACACCAGUACCGUAGAUUACCCUGGUCCCAUGGAUUACCCCUGUCCCACGGAUUGCCCCGGUCCCAUGGAUUACACCAGUUCCAUAGGUUACCCCGGUCCCAUGGAUUACCCCGGUCCCAUGGAUUACACCAGUCCCAUGGAUUGCCUCGGUCCCAUAGAUUACCCCCGUCCCAUAGAUUGCCCCGGUCCCAUGGAUUGCCCCCGGUCCCAUGGAUUGCCCCUGGUCCCAUGGAUUGCCCCGGUCCCAAAGAUUACCCCGGCCCCAUGGACUGCCCCAGUCCCAUGGAUUGCAUGGAUUGGAGCUAAGGGCUGCUCCCUGUUUAAACAUGAUGAGGGUCAGCCAUUGUUAACGAUGGUCUGA